AUGUCGUCUUCCAAUUCGUACGCGAGCCACUUGGGCACGUUGCCCGAGGAGUUCGACAUCAUCGUGUGCGGUGGUGGAAGUUGUGGUUGUGUCGUUGCAGGACGACUGGCCAACCUCGACCAUAACCUCAAGGUCCUUCUCAUCGAGGCUGGUGAGAGUAACUUGAACAACCCAUGGGUGUUCAGACCUGGUAUCUACCCUCGCAACAUGAAGCUCGACUCCAAGACUGCUUCGUUCUACAAGUCUCGUCCUAGCAAGCAUCUUGCUGGUCGAGCUGCGACAGUUCCUUGUGCUCAUAUCCUUGGUGGUGGAUCGUCCAUCAACUUUAUGAUGUACACUCGAGCUAGUGCUUCAGACUAUGAUGACUUCCAGGCCAAGGGUUGGACCACAGAGGAGCUGCUUCCUCUCAUGAGAAAGCACGAGACCUACCAGCGUCACGCCGUCAACCCCGAUAUCCACGGCUUCGAGGGUCCCAUCAAGGUCUCAUUCGGUAACUACUGUUACCCCAUCAAGGAUGACUUCCUCCGUGCAACAGAAUCCCAAGGUAUUCCCUUCGUCGAUGAUCUCGAGGAUCUUAGUACCGGCCAUGGUGCAGAGCACUGGCUCAAGUGGAUCAACCGCGACACUGGCCGACGAAGUGACUCGGCACACGCCUACGUCCAUGCCACCCGUGCUAAGCACAGCAACCUUUACCUCGCUUGCAACACAAAGGUCGACAAGAUCAUUAUGGAGAAUGGCCGUGCUGUUGGUGUUCAAACUGUUCCCACUAAGCCUCUCCACCCAAACCAGCUCAAGACCAGAACCUUCCGCGCGCGAAAGCAGAUUGUCGUCAGCGGCGGUACACUCUCUUCGCCCCUGAUUCUUCAACGCUCUGGUAUCGGUGACCCCCAGAAGCUCCGUGCUGCAGGCGUUGAGCCUAAGGUUGACCUGCCUGGUGUGGGUCUCAACUUCCAAGAUCAUUACCUCACCUUCUCCGUCUACCGCGCCAAACCCGAGACUGAGAGUUUCGACGACUUCGUUCGCGGAGAUCCUGAAGUUCAGAAGAAAGUAUUCGACCAGUGGGCCCUUAACGGUACAGGGCCAUUGGCUACAAACGGUAUUGAAGCCGGUGUCAAGAUCCGACCUACUGAGGAGGAGCUCAAGGAAUUCGAGAAGUGGCCCACGCCUCACUUCACUGAGGGAUGGAAGUCUUAUUUCAAGAACAAGCCCGAUAAGCCUGUUAUGCAUUACUCUGUCAUUGCAGGUUUCUUCGGUGACCAUAUGCUCAUGCCUCCUGGAAAGUUCUUCUCUAUGUUCCACUUCCUCGAGUAUCCUUUCUCUCGUGGCUUCACUCACAUCAAGAGUGCCGAUCCUUAUGACACUCCCGACUUUGACUGUGGUUUUAUGAACGAUGAGCGAGACAUGGUCCCCAUGGUCUGGGGAUACAUCAAGUCCCGAGAGACUGCCCGUCGCAUGGACGCUUACGCUGGUGAAGUCGAGAAUAUGCACCCCUUCUUCGACUACGACAGCCCUGCUCGUGCUCACGACAUGGAUCUCGAGACUACCAAGGCCUACGCCCUUCCCGGUAACAUCACUGCUGGUAUCGGCCACGGAAGCUGGUCUUCUCCCCUUCCCGAGGCAGACCGCAAGCCCGGCGCCAACAUUCUCAACUCGAACAGAGCUCACAUCCGUGAGGAGCUCAAGUACAGCGAGAACGAUAUCAAGGCCGUCGAGGAAUGGGUCAAGCGCCACACAGAAUCAACCUGGCACUGCCUCGGAACCUGCUCCAUGGCACCCAAGGAGGGUAACAGCAUCGUCAAGCACGGAGUUCUCGACGAGAGACUCAACGUUCACGGUGUCCAAGGCCUCAAGGUCGCUGAUCUGUCCAUCUGCCCCGACAACGUCGGCUGCAACACAUACUCUACUGCUCUGCUCAUCGGUGAGAAGGCGGCUAUGCUUGUUGCUGAGGAUCUUGGUUACUCUGGUGAGGCGCUUGAGAUGAAGGUUCCUACUUACAAUGCACCUGGUGAGCUUGAGGUUCGACACCGUCUGUAA